AAAAAAAAAGACAAGAGGGUGAUGUCGGGAUCAUCAGCGACGGAAAGAUUGGGGGGCCGUUAAAAAAACACCAGUGGUUUCCCGUUGUUUUUCCAGCUUUUCUUGUCCUUUUACUUUCCAAAAUGUCCUCUGCUCGCCGCCAACUCUUGAGAGCCUCUGCAGGCAUUCGCUCAACUGCUCGCUUGACCACUACCAGAGCCACUCCUCUUUUGGCUCAUCAAGCCCGUAACAAUGCACGCGCGUUCACAUCGUCGAGCAACGCCAAGUUUGUUGCCCUGCGUUCCCUCUUGAAUCCUGCUGCUCCUUCCAAUGUCAAGUUCUAUAGCUCCAAGUCGUUCCCCGAUCACAACGUGAUUGCUAUGCCUGCCUUGUCGCCUACUAUGACACAGGGUGGUAUUGGCGCGUGGCAAAAGAAAGUUGGCGACGAAAUCGUCCCCGGUGAUGUUUUGGUCGAAAUCGAGACCGAUAAGGCUCAGAUGGACUUUGAGUGCCAGGAAGAAGGCUUCCUCGCCAAGAUCUUGGUCGAUACUGGCGCAAAGGAUUUUCCCGUUGGCAAGCCCAUUGCUGUCCUUGUUGAGGACGAGAGCGAUGUUGCCGCCUUUGCAGAGUUCACAAUGGAAGAUGCCGGUGCUGGCGCUGCUGCCACUCCUGCUCCCGCUGCUGGUGAAGACAAGCAGGCACCAGCCGCCGAAGAAAAGCCCGCUUCGACUGAGGCUGCCUCUGCCAGCAAGCCUGCUUCUUCAUCCGCCUCCUCUGAUGGUGACCGUGUCAAGGCAAGUCCUUAUGCCAGAAAAACUGCAAACGAACGUAACAUUGACAUUUCCCAAAUCCAGGGUUCCGGUCCUGGUGGUAGAAUCUUAAAGGACGAUGUUGACAGCUUCAAGGCUCCCGCUGCCGCUGCCGCUCCCGCUGCCGCCGCUGCACCUGCUCAGCCUGCUGCCUACGCUCCUCAGUCUGCUACUGGCGAUGCCUUCACUGACAUCCCUACCACCAACAUGAGACGUGUUAUUGCCACUCGCUUGAGCGAAUCCAAGCAGAUGGUUCCUCAUUACUAUGUCACUGUUGAUGUCAACAUGGACAAGGUCAGCAAAUUGCGUGAGGUUCUCAACAAGGCUGCUGAGGGCAAGUACAAGUUGUCCGUCAACGACUUCAUCAUCAAGGCAUCUGCCCUCAGUUUGAAGAAGGUUCCCGAGGUUAACUCUGCCUGGCAGGGUGAUUUCAUCAGACAGUACAACACUGCUGAUAUCUCUGUUGCCGUUGCCACACCUAACGGUUUGAUUACCCCCAUCGUCACUGGUGCUGAGAAGCGUGGUCUUUCCGAAAUCUCUAGCAGCGUCAAGGACAUGGCUACCCGUGCCCGUAACGGCAAGUUGGCUCCCCACGAAUACCAGGGUGGCUCGUUCAGCAUCUCCAACCUUGGCAUGUUUGGUGUCAAGCACUUCACUGCCAUUAUCAACCCACCCCAGUCCUGCAUUUUGGCCAUUGGCGGUACCAGCCAGAAGCUUGUGCCCGAUGAGACCAAGGAGAACGGCUUUGCUGUUCGCAGCACCAUGGAGGUCACCCUCUCCAGCGACCACCGUGUUGUUGAUGGUGCUGUUGCUGCUACUUGGUUGCAGUCUUUCAAGGAAUACAUGGAGAACCCGCUCAAGAUGAUGCUGUAAAUAAUUUCAAUAUCGCUACGCCCACUGUUUUCUUCGUUUCGUUUCUCCUUAUUUCAUUACUUCCUUCCAACAAUAACCCAACCAAUCAACCAACACCAUCACUAGUACUAUCACACUCAAACACCACACAAACACGCCCACAACCCUUUUAAAAAGCAUAUAUCUUAGAAUGAAAGAGAGAGACAAUCGCUCUAUUACCGUGCAUCUGCCUGUUUAAUUAAAAAUAGCGGUGA